UGGCGGGCGGGCGGAGCCGGGCCCGCGGGGCUGCUGCGGGGCGAUCGGACCGGGCUGCGGGCGGCGCCAUGGGCUCUGGUCUCCUGCCUGAGUUCCAGCCUCUCUGAGCCAGCUGCCCCCAAGAGCUUCGUGCGGCGCCAGCCUCCCCAAGCGCUGACCAUGUCUAUUAUGGACCACAGCCCCACCACGGGCGUGGUCACGGUCAUUGUCAUCCUCAUCGCCAUCGCUGCCCUGGGGGCCUUGAUCCUGGGCUGCUGGUGCUACCUGCGGCUGCAGCGCAUCAGCCAGUCGGAGGACGAGGAGAGCAUCGUGGGGGAUGGGGAGACCAAGGAGCCGUUCCUGCUGGUGCAGUACUCGGCCAAGGGACCGUGCGUGGAGAGGAAGGCCAAGCUGACCCCCAACGGUCCAGAAGUCCACGGCUGAGCUGAGAUGCGGAGGCUCCUGGGCCCGUCUGCAGCCAGCCGAGAGGCGCAGGAGGGGCGGAACCACAGACAUGCUGCCAUUUGAGAGGAAGGGUUGACACUGCUGGCAUGGCCUCGCCAGGCUUCGUCAUCGCAUGCACUGACUCCCGGGGCCCCAGCUGUCCUGAGCCGGGCCUCGGUGGCCCUGGGCUCCCCUCGGCCUCCUGGUGGGGCUGCCCAUUGCAGGCAGUGGGCAGGCCCGACCUUGCUGGGGCUGACGGCCCCGUAGCGCUUUUGUUACUUGAAUGUUUAGCUGAGCCUGUUUUUGAUGGAGCUACUACUGUAACGCGUGAACUCACAAACCUGUGAACUGUCAAUAGGCCCCAGAAGCACGUACUUAAGCCUUUUUUGCUGAUUUUUAAAAAUAUUGUAUAGAGCACAUGGGACUGACUGUACUAAUGAUGGCUAUGGGGGAGGGUCUUAGACAUGUAAGGCCCAAGGGGCACUUGGUGGGGGUCUCUAAUGUAUAUAACUUGCGUACGGAGAGGACGAGAGGACGUGACGCGUCAGUGUUGGGUCUCAUGGCUGACCCGUGGGGGGCGUUGGUGAUUUCUGCUUGGUUAGCAAUGGAUGAGAGAAGAACCACGCCCCCCUCUUUCUCUAGCUAGAUUCAGUCGUUAAAUUCCAGUUCCUGUUCAUAGUGGAGUUAUUGCAAGGAAGCUACUGCAGCCGCCUGGGGGCCGGUGAAGGACGAGUCAGGACACGAGUCCCGAUGGCUGCCAGGCGUCCUAGUGGCAGAGCAGUUUCUUGCCCCUUUGGUCUUGAGCAUGCUGAGCACUCCCCUGUCGCCGUCCCCACCCGCUGCCCCCACCUGGCAUUACUUAGCGCAGGCUUCGCUAGAAACACCAGAGUCCAUGGAGGCGACCUUUAUCUGAAACCCAAUUGGCCCAAGAAAGAGAAAAUUGUGUUUUUUAUUUGUUGUUGUAUUUAAUAUUUUCUGCACUGGAGGGCAGGGGCAGGGGACUUGAGGGUUUUUACCCCCUUCCCUUUUCACAAAUUAGCUUCCUUUCUUCUCAGAUUACCACCCACCUGCUGGGUGCUGGAUUCACUUUCCUCGGUGGUCACCUAGAGGGAGCCCCCUGACCCCGCUCUAAGGGCACCGAGUGUGGUGGAAGGUCAUUUCUUGUGUGCACGUGCACACAGCAGCCCCCAGGUGGCUCCCCAACAGCCCGUGCUUAGUGGGCACUGGGGUGGCGAUGAGUGAGAGUGAGUUUCAAGUUCAGGACUUGGUUUUCGCCAAGAUGAGGAGUUGGUGGCUCUCCGUGGGGCCAGCGCCCCUAUAGCCUGCAUCUCCAAAGUGACCUUUGUGCAUACUUCAGUGAACUCGCUUCGAUUUUUAAUCCCACCACUGUAAGCACAUUCUAAAUGGUCAUGAUUAAAACGUGACUUAUGUUGGCAUCUUUGGUGAUAAAUGGGAAGCCAGCCCUGGCUCAACCUCGGAGCGCUGGCCCUUGAGCACUUCAGCUGCGUGCCAGCAGCAUGGGCAGGGAGCUCCCAGGUGGCUACCAGCACCCCCCAAAGUUCUGGCCUCCUGGUCAGGCUGAAGGCCACUCCUCUGGCCUCAUCCAAGUGUCCUCUAAAAGCAUGUUGAACUAAUCUGCUUUCUAGAACCCCAAGGAGGGAGCUUAGGGAACACUUAUUUUAGCAGCAUACACCUAAAUUGGGGAUCGAACAUUAAGUGCCAGCUUGGGGAGCGGGAGGGGGAGCUGGUUAGGCAAUCUGAGCUGCAGGCAGGACUGAGGGACCAUGGAUGGGCUACUGAGGAGCCCUUAGAAGGCAGCUGGGCUUCAGGACAGGAGAGGAAACGUCUCUGGCCCCUAAUGGGAUGGCCAAGCCUGAGAGUUAGGCUGCAAACCAGCAGAGGCCCUGCAGGCUGGAGUGGGCAGGACAGGGUAUGGGCGAGGAGGGGCGACGAAGUCCCAAAGGUGCCAACUGGAAGAUCAAGGAGAGGGUUUGCUCUCUAAUGAAGGAUGCUCAAGAAAUACGUGGAAGGUGGAGGGGUUUUGAUCCAUUCCCCUUGCAUUUCAGAACUUCCAAGCUUUCUACCUCUACUUUCCACAGCCAGCACCACUCACCUAGCUGUGUCCACCCAGUAACCAAGGAGCACCUGGGACACGCAUCUUCAGUCUCUGAGCCUGAGCCCGGAAAUGACAUCGCUUGACUAUCAGACUUGCCCUGAGGGUUUUAACUGUGCCAGUGAAGUUUUGGUUUUGAAAUGAUGAAAUGUCACUUUCUCCUUUCUCUCUGGAGGUUUCUUAUCCCAGCUCCGGUUGUGGGGGACGACAUCUUUACAGCUUGCGUCAGGCCAGGCCCGGGUGAGGGUCACAGGCACGGAGGGGCACUCAUGGGGUCUCUGGGAGGAGAGUGAAGGUGCCUGUAGAACUGGUGAAGAGCCACAUAAUAGGUCUCACUGCUCUUGUUUAUCAGUAGCUACUUUUUUAGCAUAGACACCAGAGCCACACACUCAAAUGGCUUAGUUAUGACCUCUCAUUGAAUUCUUUCUGAAUAGCCCAACUGUUGCGUUCAAGUUUUCUGACUAGUCAGGCAAAAUUAAACUUUCAUCCUACAUGUCAUCACAGAAGCAAGGAGGGGCAUGGGGAGACACUCUGACACUGAGCCACCAAAACACGGACUGAUUUCUCAGACACAUCUUCAAGUGGACUGUGCUACUGUUUUUGUCUCAAAGCUACCAAGUUUGUGCAAUAAGUGGAAGGGAUGUCGUCCCUAUUCAAUAAAAGCUGAAUGACAUUCAAACUGAUUUUCUAGACCACUGAGAAAAUCUUUAUUUACAAUAAAUUUCAAUAAAAUUUGCAUAAAUAUAUUCCCAA